UUUGUUCCUGGUGCGACUGAAGUCAACUCAAGUAAGUUCUUUUUUGUAAAAUAUUUUUUUAUUUUUGUCCAAUAAUAUGGCCACUACAGUAUUACAGAGGUAGAUUACCACCACAUUAAGGCACAAUCUGUACAGAAAGUUGUACAAAUUGGUUAGUGUAAUGAAGACAUUUGUAAUCACCUCAGAAGUUGUCACCUCACGAGGGUUACCAUCAACGAGAGUGAACUUAUACUUGCCAGAGCAGGGCACUUUAAUCCUACCCAGGAACAGCUGACAAACAUGACUAUUUAUUCCUGAUUACUUAACUUUAGUAGGUAUAUUUUCAAAUUACAUGCCUUUUGAACUUGAGAUAGGUGCCACUUUUGAGCUAUUUUAAGUAAAAUAUGAGCAAUUUUCAGCCUCUCGUCGACAUCUUGAAAACAUAGUUUCGUAAAACCAUAAAAAAAUCGUAUUAAGCAAAUAAAGUUGUUCAAUCUCCAUGAAAACGAGAGUAUUAGUUGUCAAUCUUGCUUGCAUGUGAACAGUAACUGGAGGGGAUAAACACAUCACAACGUUUUUAAAAAAUCAGAUGAAUUCUUGUAAAAUUCCCCUUCAUUUCCGGUCUGAAAAUACUCUCGCAAGGUCAAAUUUCAACAUGGGCUAUAACUCCUAUAAAACAGAAAGUUGAAACGUUCUGAAAGAAGCUCGAUUAAUAUUACCAAAGUCUAGUUCAUAUGCAAAAUAUGAGCUAAAUCUAUUUUUCCUUCCCCAAACCAGUGGGUGGAUUUUACUGAGAGGCCCUCUUAAGUUGUUUUUACUCUGUCUACAUGUAACUCCAGAAUAUUUUACUUGUAAGGGGAUAAAGUCACAGUAGAUGGGGGUUAACAGUAUUGAUAACCCACUGUAAUUGUUUGCAUAAAAUAGGCAUGGUCGAAAAAAAAUUUCCUGACUAACAUAAGCAAUUUUUCGACCAAGAUAAGCAAUGUUUCCAAUGUUUUCAGCGCAAUCAUAACAAAAGCUUUAAAAUUGUUAAAAUUGCGAACCAUUUCAUAACUUUGAGCAACUUCGACCUUCUUUUAUCCCAAACUUUGACCAAUUUUUUCCGAGUUUUACCUUCAAUUUUAAGCAAAUAUCAGUUCCAUUUUGACCAACUUUGACCAACGUUUUAAUUAUUGGGGGUGUUACACCCCCACACCCCCCCUAUAGCGACGUCCCUGAUUGUCUGUAAUAUUCAUCUAGCAUUAGCCUGUAUAGGAGGUGCAUGGGUAGGGUUUAUAAACAUUUCAUCAAUGUAAUGGUAAUGUUUUUUGUCUCUAAGUAGGUGGAACAUAUGAGUACAAGUCAUUCACAACAAUCCAUCCAAAAUCUGCUCAAGCACAGGCAGCUGCUUCACAGAUACCAGAUAAACUAAAGGGAAAACCUUUGUAUGUUGGAAACUUUACUUGGGUAAGUGGAGUGAAAAUUUCAAGUCAAAUUUUGUGUUGACUAUUAGUGUUCGGUUUUUACUAUAAAAUUAAUACUGUAUAUAUGGAAAUAAUGCUAUGAUGUUGUUGAAAUAGAAGCGAAAUCGCUCUCUCAUGUCACAGAGUUGAAGAGACAAUAAAUUUCUCUAAAAUGGUUCUCAGUAUUUGCACGACCAUUAUGCGAAGGCUCAUUUUUUAAAGGAACUGAAUCAGCAAUUUACCAAAUAUAGAUUAUAGCUAAUGGUUGUUGCGUUAUUCCUUUGUUAUUUUUCGUUCGGUCAAUUCUAAUUAUUCAAUAAUCCUUUAUUCAACCAAGCAUAAAUUUCACAUGGAAAUUGAAUUUUGCGUCCGUACAGUGAAUUGCUAUCGUACAAAAUGGUACCACUUGAUGAGUAAAAAUUCCAUUUAGAGCUCUAAAAAUGGACCAGGCAUUUUUAGAAGAAAAUAGAAUUUAAUUUUUUCUGCAUUAGAUCAGAAGUAAUGGACAAGUAAUUUUUUAAAUGACUGCAUGAACGUGCACAACUAUGAUUCCUACUUCACUGAGAGUGUAUGCUCCUAGAGAGAACAGGAUUUUGUAAUAUUAAUGUAAUACAUUCUGGUUAUAUCACUGACAAUAAUUUACAGAAUAUAUUAAUUUAAUUUGUAAUUUUUAAGGUGUAUGUAAAAAUGGAGUCCUCGAUUUAAACGUAUCUGUUGAAUAAUAAAGGAAACAUUUACUUAUAAUUUUCUUAGUAAUUUAGUCAUUUACAGUAGCUUUCAACCGCUACUUUUGAAAUUACAUAGAGGGAUGUUUGCAAAGAAUAUUAUUUUAUGGUACUGAGUUUGGAGAUUCAAAAAUUUGAGAGAUAAUACCAAAUCGAUACUACAGUAACUUAUUUUCUCAACAAAACGGGAAAAUGAAGAUUUUGACAAAGGCUAAUCAAAACUAAGAAACUACAGCAUUCUGUGCAUUACUUUUAGUUACUAAAUUUACCUGCAUUAUGGUCCCUGUUUAACAGUGGUUUUAAGUUUGCACCACAAUUUGCUAAUUCAAUGUGUUUGCAUUGCGCCAACGAUAGACAAUUUUAAGGUUUUUUAGUUUUGGAAAGAAUUCAGGAGUUUGAGAUGAAUAAAACAGCCGAAUAACUUUAAAAUAUUUCUUGAAUAAUUCUUAGUGUUUUUGUCUCGUGUAGUAACAAUUUCAAACGCGACUAUAAAAGGCAAUGUUGUGUUCUAAAAAUGAUGUGUUCCGACUACUAAAUUUUACCAUAAAUGAUGAACUCCAUUUUUCUAUACACCCUCUAGAUCUAAUGUUCAGUUAUUGAUGUGUACAUAUAUAUUUAAUAUUAGUUAAUACUCACUGUAAAAUGCCCCGAUGUAAAAAAUCGAAAAUCCUGUUAACCUUAUACUGUAGUCAUUACAUGUUACUAACAUUCAUGUAAAUAAUCGUUAUAUACAAAAACUUUGUGGAACUUCAUUAGUGGACGACAGACCAGCAACUUGAAGAUGCAUUGCAAGAAUGUGGCGUCACAGACAUAGUCCAGAUUAAGUUUUUUGAAAACAGAGCAAAUGGGCAGUCGAAAGGGUAAGUAUAACUCGUAUUAUUGUCCAUGGACAUUUGAAUAUUGUGGCAUAGCAGACAUGCUUUCUUAGUCAGUAAAAAUGAAUAAUUAUGCUGUAUAAGAUCAAUACAUCAACCCAAUUUAUCAUAUAAUGUCAUUUUAUCAUAUAAUAUCAUUUCAACCGUUUGUUUCACUUUUUCAUCCUCUGUGGGGGAGUUUUCAUGCAUAGAACAAUGAAAAUUUCCAUCAAUAUACCAACAUAUUGUUUGUACUAUUUUUUGAGAUUGAAAUUACAACUAGCAUGCAGUUGCCUCCCUUAUAAUACUAUUUCCAUUGCGAAAUAGUGGAUGUUUCCCCAACUAAUAUCAUAUGUUCAUGAUUACGGUUUAGACUAUAACAACAAGCUCACUGGAAGUGUGGCCAGCAAUUUAAUAAGCUUGAAUAACUAUGGCGUCUACUCCUUGUACAAAUUCUGAUCACGAUCGUCAGGCUUUUAAAGUAUAAAAAAAUUGUACAAAUAAAUUUCAUGUAAAUUUUUAUUAUGUCUACAAUGAGUUGGGAAAAAAAUUAUAAAAUUAUUAUUGUUACAUUAUUACAGAAAAAGGAGUUGUAAAUUUGGAAAGUGCGGAAAAUAUUAUACGUAUUUAUAAAUUGUAAAACAUGACUUGUUUAAGUGAAAUUUAAUUACAACUUGUAAUAAUUACAAGGUACAAAUGAAUUUAAUAUUUUGUAAAAUUAUAAAUGAAAUAUUGUAAUCUGGCCUCUGACGUACACUACUGCCUCCCCAUUGUAUUAUACUAGUCGUCAGAAACAACAUAAACUAUUUUAAUUAGUGCUGGUUGUAAAAUUAGAUGCUUCCUCGCAAUAUUUUUUUUUCAUUUACUAACUUAUAGUUUUGUUUGUAUAGCUACAGUGUAUAACGUAUAACGUAAUUUACGUAUAGUUUAUAUACGUAUAGUUUAUAUAAUAUGUAAUUUGUAUAUUAAACUAGCUGGCUACAACCUGUUGGUUUUGCAAAUGAUAACAGUCGUAAAUAGCGUUGCACCCUUGUUUAAAAGUGCUGUAGGAUUUUUUAUUUCUUGGGAAUUGGGAAGAAAUUUAUUUGUAAACACAAAAUGAUAGACUGUAGCCAUCUAGUUUUUAAAUAGUACAUUAUAUUUAUAACGUGGCAUGUUAAAUUAUUUAAGCAUGCUCCAUUGUUAAACUAACAAUUGUAUAUUUUGCAAAUACAAAUAAAUUUACGAUUAUUUACAACAUUUAUAGUUUUAGUGAAAUUUAGUCGCUGCUUACGAUUGUGCUAUGCUUUUUCGUUUUAAUUUGUAUUGUAUUGUAUUGUACUGUGGUGUUUUUGUCUUUUGUGUUUGUUCUUAAAUGUACAGUACUAUUGUUUUAAUUUAUAUUUAAAAUUUCAAUAUUGUAAUCCUUUUUAUGCUUUCUAUUUUUUCCCUCGAAGGUAGGUUGUAUGUGUAUUGUAUCUGUUAGAGUUAUUAGUUUAUUUUUUCGCUAUUUUCUGUUUCUUCGUGUGUACAAUUUUCCGAUGUAUAAUAAGUGUACACUAAAAUUUAUUGUAUUGGUUAAAAACAUCCGAACAUUUGCACAAAAUAUUUUUGAAAUGAUAUUUGGAAACGAUUUUUAGUUAUGGCUGUUUCAGCAAAAAUUUGAACCAGGAUAAGGCAUUGUCUUAUAGACAUAUACAAAAUUGUAUUUUGCUAGACGCUGUUUUUAUAGUUUUCCCAAGUAGUUUUAGAUGCCGCUUUUUAAUUUCAUAUACAUUUUAUAUUUAUAGGUAUGCUUUAGUCGAGCUGGGUUCAGAUGUUUCGGUCAGAUUGGUAUCUGAAAAAUUGCCUUUGAGGUGAGAAUAAUACAAGUUUUAUUUGAAGCGAAUACCAGUAAAAAGAUAUAUCUGUAUGCAUGCAAUGGCGAUUGCAAUAAAAUUACAUACCGCGGGCUUAACCGCAUAACUGUGUUAUGUGUAACUGGCCAAUCAGAAGAUACGUAGUGACUACAAUGUACAGGGUGUAUAAAAAAAGGAGACCUUUAGAAAUCAAGCAUAUUGUUAAAAUUUGAAUGCCUUUUCAAUUGCACAUCGUCGAAAAUCUUUGAGAUUCUAGGCAUUCAAUUGAGUGCCGAUAUUAUUUUCACGGUAUACCCAUUAAACAGAGGUAGGGAAGAGCGAGAGAGUGUUGUUUUCAAAUAUAUAAACAUUUCAGACAUGAAUAUUGAGAAAAUCUUUCAGAUUCUACGCAAUAUAUAAAUUGAUGACGUUAUGCAUUACCGGCGCCCAAUUAAGUGCCAGAAGAUAUAUUGUUUAGGCCGUGUAGUUCAUUAUACAUUGGCCACAUUGACUGUAUAAGGUGCUACACCACAGAAUAGAUGGUUACACUCAGUACAAAGAGAGAGAUUUGCAUCAGACAAAGCGUAAACAACUAUUAAACAGAAGCGGGUGUUUGUAUGGCAUUUACGAAGAAAAUAACUUGUGAGUUGUGAUGGAGACUAAAAGAAAUCAGUUGAGUCUGCAGAGCUCUUUAUUUAAACAAGAAAGACGAGGAUCGAGUUAUAGCCAACGUGUUAUCGCCAAUCGCUUGGCUUGCCAACAAGCUUUGUGCAAUAGAAGAAAAAAGCAAGGAGGUAGCCAACGUGUACCGUCAAGGACUUACUUUGUUUACUGUCUAGCACAACGUCAACAGUGCAAACUCGUGUUCAGUGCAACGAUAACUCUACCAGAUCUUACGAGAAUCAAUCUGUACACAGAGCCGUAUCAAAGCUUGUUAAAACUGCUAUAAACGCUGUUAUAACUGUGAAACUAUUGAAAUCUAAAGUGACAUUGAAUACAUGCGAAAAGCUGAAAAUGACUCAUGAAACGCAAUGCGACAUUGCCAUUGGGAAUAUAAAGUCAAAGGUCAAUCAGACUUGUUAUUGUGAAACAUGUCACAAUUAGGUUAAAAUGCGGAAGCGGAUGGAGCGGAUCCACGGAACGGAUAUGGGGAUAAAAUAUAGAACGGAUGGGGAUAAAAUGCGUUCUUUUAAUGAUACAACGUCGUAGUGCUUAUUAUUCAUAACAUAUCUUAUACAGCUAUUUGGGUAAUGGGAUUAAUCAUAUUAGAUAAGUUCAGCGUAUCAGUAGCCUCGUUAGGAUGCUUUUAGCGACAGCUGCAAAUGCAAAUGAAGUUUUAGAAUAUGCAAAAUUUGGGUGUUGGUGAAACAUUUUAAAUUUCAAGUUAUCGCGUGUAGCAUCACAGUAAAUAAAUAAAUUCUAUCAGUUCCACGAGGCACGUUUCUGAUCUGUUAGGCUUGUUUCAAACGUGGCGCUACUCAUGUGCCGAACGCAUUAUAAAAUAGAUGAGAUGAAAUGCCUUUGGUAACUGUUUAUUUGGUAAUGUAAGCCAUCAGCCUUUCUAGGUUGUUGGCAACCCUAUAUAGUUCUUGCAGUGUCUUUUUCAAUUUGAAACUUCACACUAUCCUUGGAUUCCUAGUUUUUAUACACCCUGUAUAUAAUAACUGGGUGUAACGCCUGUUUUUAAAUGUAACGUAGCGUGCCAUAGCAUUUUUGUAGCGUAUAGUGUUCUGCCCUCAGGAAGCAAAGGAAUACUUUACGUUUCGGUACGAUACGGCUAGUUACUGUAACACGCCCAUAUCUGAGUAUCAGGAACAUUACAUAAUUAUUUUCAUAAUUUAAAAAAGCUUCGGAUUGAUAGGGAUCGACGAAGGGCCUUCGCUUGAAACGAAGAAGUUGUAGUUGUAUCCCUAUCAAUGCGAAGCUUUCUUAUUAUUCACACUACCUACGCUGGCAAAGACCGUUAGGCCAAGUAAAAAAAUAGUAGUUUCUCGUCCCCGCCCGCAUCCUUUUUCCCUGCCGCAUGGAUUUUUCUUUUUUUUUUUAAUUUUUAUAUUCGAGCCUUUCAAAGAAUUUCCACUUAGUGUAUUCCGGCUAUUUUGAUCCUUUCGGCAUAGUUCGGUUGCCGUUUGGAAAUUUUCAUCAACUCUCGCUUGCUGUUCCGUGUUUUGGUGCCAUAUUGCAUUAAUAGCUCUUUGUCUAUUUUAAUAUAUUUACGUUUUAUGAGUAAACUUCAAUAUUUGCGUGUGUUUAUAGGUUAUUCAGUAAACAUUAAGAGCAAUAUUUGAAGGUUUAACAACAAAAAACAACGUCCGCAUUCUUUUUUUUUUCCAAAUUCGGACGAGAAACUACUAUAUUUUUUUUACUUGGCCUUACAUAAUUUAACCUCGUUCAAUUUUGUCUUUCAGAGAAAUCAAUGGUCAGACCCCAGCAGUGACUCCUGCCACUAAAACACAUUUACAGCAGUUUGAAGUUACUGCUAGAAAAAGUAAGUGUACUGUAAUGUUUUUGUUGCUUUCCUCAAGGGAAAUGGCGAUAA